CAGACGCCCGCUCUCUUCCGGCCAUCCCUCUUUCGUUCCCACCUCUGCCACGUGCGGGCUCGGUUGUACACGAUAACGGAGAACUAUAAUCUUGACCUCUACUGUUUUACUGUUAGUCAACAGAGGUUCAAUAUCGACGCCCAGACUCUUGACUUGGAAAAACUGUAAUUCGACCCUACGAUUUCGUGAAAAUUCACUUGAGAUUUUACUCCGAUUUGCGACAAUUCAAUCUGGCAAUCAAUUGAUUUGAACCGAACGAAAAAAAAAACCAGUCCGAGAAGAAGCUUCCCCGGGAGGGGGGACGCGUGAAUGAGAAGCGCAAAUUCCACGUGUUCCUUUUUGUGCCCCGAGAUAAAAUAAAAUCCAUUCUCGGCAAGGCGCGUCAGACGAUAAUUACCGCGCAGAGGAUUAUAAUUAUUAUGCGGACAGAAAUAUCUUGGAAGAGACAAAGGGGUUGUACCGGCGCUGUGCUCCCCCACCGCGACCACCUUGAACGCCCGGCGCGAGUGACGUGACGGCUCGAUCGGCGCGGCGCGGCUUCGCCUUAGUCGCGUGCCGGUGGCCCGUCGCGAGUCAACGCAGUUGCUUACGCGCGUAAGUCGGCUCCGGGCCCCGACACCCGCGGUGGUCCCGUGCGACACGCGUGAUUCGCAUCGCGAUUCCGCCUUUAUUAAUCCGCUCGCGAAACGCCGACCGUCGUUAUCGCGAUCCUAAUGGAUUAGUGGCGUUACACCUUGGAAGGAAAGGAGGGAAUUUCUUUACGAGUUCGAAUCGGGCGCCCGAGAUCGAACAGCGAUCUUCCCCCGCGAAGAGACUGGCGGAUCGGAAUUAUCCUGGAAAAGGCGGACUUGAGCGGUACCAGUUUAAUAUAUCGGAGUAUUUUGUGGGAAAAAGUGUGAGAGACGCCCUGCUAAUUCCAAUGUAAGUGGAGAUUCUUGUGGAUCGAAGAACGGAGUUAUCUAUCGCGGCGUCGAUCGUAAUCGGUUUAUCGUCGAAAGAUCUCGAGCUUUGAGAAACCGAUUUCAAGUAUAUCGGUAAUAAUUGGCGAGUUUUAUCAAGCUUGACAAAUAUUUACCGAGAACAUUGGGGCGAUCGAUUGUCGAAGUAAUCGCAACUUGUGUCAAGGAAAUGCAUCACUAAGUUUUGUGAGAACAGUGAAGUGUUGGAAACAAUAUGAACAAGGCUUUUCUGAUUCUAUGCCAAAACUCCGAAUAAUAAACGCGAAUUGUACAGAAUUGACGACGUGGGACUUUAUGAAACCCGAGUGCCAGUUUUUUCGAGCAUUUUGUGUAAACGGUGAUCGAGAAUAGAUAUUCGACGAUCCUACGUGGACAAGAAAUCGUUAGUUCGAAAAAGAAAACAUAAACGGUUAUUGAACUUGGUACUUCGUGAACAUUCGCGAUAUUUGAGCCUCGUGAAAUUCGACUUGAAAGAAUCGCCGAUUCUGCAAGUCUGAAGAAGAAUAUUGUGGAAACUAUUUUCUCGGAUAAGAAAUAUUUAUCGAGUUCACAAAAAUACCAUCGACUAGAAACGUUCCUGGAAAGGCAACCUGGAAUGCGUGAUAUGUAGCUGGUAUAAAAUAAGUUGCACAUGAAAAAUCUACAAGAAUUAUAUUCGUAAAAUUGUUCGAACGGAAAUUAAAUUCUCUGAACAAAGACAUUAAAAUCGACAAGUCGCAAGUUCUAAAUAUAUUAUACAUGCGUAAUGGAAAAUAAUUUCCGUCUGUGAUUCAAAGCGUUUAAAAAGAGCGCGUUAACCUGUAAUAUAAAAAACAAUAAAAUAAAAUAAAAAUAGAAUACAUAAUAGAGAAAUUAAUAGCGGAGAAGGAACAGACGGAAGAAACGAUAGAAGAAAAUUUUUGUGAUGCGACAUAAUUAAUUACGGAAAACUAGCCGAGACCCUGGUCUCGCACUUUGAAGAACCGAGCGAAGCGAUGAAAAUCCAAUCUCGAUAUUCCAAAGUAUGAGACGGGAUAAAAGCGAAGCGUAGUUGCGAUAUACCGCGGGACGUUUCAGUAAUUGAUCGAUCUGUAGAUCAUGGCGCCAGCAAACAAUCUCGAUUGGUCGGAGCCGUGUCAGCAGUGGCGAUACCCAAAAUUCUGUCCGACAGCGACCGGGCAGAAAACCGAACGUCCUAAGAGCGCCGUGGAACUGGGUGGCAAAGAGGCCAACACUGCCUAUAAAAAGUUCUGCAAGUUCUUGCGCCGACUAGGCAACAAGAAACGCAAAGAUGGCAGCAAGGUAACGACCGUGGUGGCGACUCCCGGUGCUGGCCCGGAUCGUCCUCAGGAGGUCGCGUACACCGAUACCAAGGUCAUCGGCAAUGGCAGCUUCGGAGUGGUAUAUCAGGCGAAACUCUGCGAUUCGGGAGAGAUGGUUGCUAUCAAGAAGGUUCUCCAGGAUAAGCGAUUUAAGAACAGGGAAUUACAAAUCAUGCGACGCCUUGAGCACUGCAACAUUGUGAAACUCAAAUACUUCUUUUAUUCUAGUGGUGAUAAGAAGGACGAGGUUUACCUUAAUCUAGUCCUCGAAUACAUACCCGAAACUGUGUACAAAGUCGCUCGACAUUAUAGCAAAAGCAAGCAGACGAUACCAAUCAGUUUCAUCAAGUUAUAUAUGUAUCAACUGUUCCGUUCGUUGGCGUACAUCCACUCGCUGGGCAUCUGUCACAGGGAUAUCAAGCCACAGAAUUUGCUUCUAGAUCCGGAUACUGGUGUUUUGAAACUAUGUGAUUUUGGUUCAGCUAAACAUCUUGUGAAAGGCGAACCAAAUGUAUCCUAUAUCUGCAGUCGCUACUAUCGCGCACCUGAACUCAUCUUUGGUGCUAUUGACUACACUACGAAGAUUGAUGUUUGGAGUGCAGGUUGCGUGCUAGCGGAACUGCUGCUAGGUCAACCGAUAUUUCCUGGCGAUAGCGGUGUCGAUCAGCUGGUAGAGAUUAUCAAAGUCCUCGGUACGCCUACGCGCGAUCAGAUACGUGAGAUGAACCCCAACUAUACCGAAUUCAAAUUUCCACAAAUUAAGUCACAUCCUUGGCAAAAGGUAUUCAGGGCGCGCACCCCGCCAGAAGCGAUGGACCUAGUGGCACGGCUGUUGGAGUACACGCCGUCGCUGCGCAUGACGCCGCUGCAAGCGUGCGCGCACUCGUUCUUCAAUGAGUUACGCGAGCAGGGCACGCGGUUGCCAAGCGGCCGUGAACUGCCGCCGCUCUUCAACUUCACCGAGCACGAGCUGCGGAUCCAGCCGAUCCUCAACAGCAUGCUGAUACCCAAGUACAUGCAAUCGGCCGCCGCCACCACCGGUACGGAGGGGAAUCCCGGCGGGGGCGGCGGAGGCGGAGGUGGCGGCCAGUCGGACGCCACGGGCGCCGCUGCCAGUGCUAGCGGUAACUCUAGUGAUAAUAGCGCCAGCAAUCCCAACACCACCACUAACACCACCGCUACAAACACGCAAAACACUGACCCCAGCCAAUCGAACAUGGCUUGAGCCGCUUUACUCUAUCUUCUACUUUUCCUUUCCUCUUUAACGUUAUUAAACAGUUGGGUUAUGACGUUGUUACGGUGGCAUGACGAAGCAACCAUCUUCUGACGAGGAUGUCCACGUUGUAAAUGCGACACGCCGCAUUGCGGAAUACAUAGAUAAUAAGAUUUUCAUCUUCUCUUUAGCGAGAAGUAGAGUAGUGCAGCGACGCGAUUCGGCGGAAUUAAGGCUCCUCGCUCGUCUCUGUAGGCAUGUUGUACCCAGGGGUCCUGACUCGCUUCGUUUCAACGAAAGUUUUAUUAAUUCGUAAUUUCCAGAGGAUUCAGGCAGAUCCCGACACUGACAACUUAACACUUCCACUUUUCGCUGAUUUUUUCAUUGCUAGCUGUUUAACUUAUCAAACGAAAUAUGUUGUCUGCCAAUCUACAUAGUGCAUCUACAGUUUCGUUAAUUAGAUAGCCAGGAUUCUAUCUCGAGCAUUGUCUACUUUUGCAUCCUUGGUUCCUUAUCUUUUUUAACGGCAAAGUAGCUAUUCCCCUUUCUACGGAACAGGAGUAUAAACAGACAAAUUUCGAAAUAGAACAAUGUUAUCUAGUUUGCGGAGCUGUAAUCACAUUUUUCAGAUUCAUAAGGACGUUCCUGGAAAAACUGUAAAGCAAUCGUUAACGACAGAACGUACAGGGAAGAUAAUAAUUUUACAGUUGCAUGGGAUAUAGAGAAAUGUAUAUAGAUAUUUAUGCAUAAAUGUAACACGUUUAAACUGCGCGUUCCGAAUAACUGCAUACACACACUCGCACAGUUGACAAUGAUAAAGAAAGCCUUCAGAUUUCUUCUUUGUCCAAAAACAAAGAGAUGAGGUGGAGGUCGUUAUAUCUAAGCUGAUAUAAAAUCAACGAAGAUAAGAACAGACCGGAAAAAGCAUUUCGUGCUCUUUCUUCAACAUCUUUACACGGCUAGACAGAGAACGCGCAAUUUUUAUUUUUGUUACAUGCGUAGAUAUCCAGUAUACGACGUUUCACAUCUCUUUACAUGACCCAGUUCGCUGUUUUUGGAAGCAGCGCUAAAAUUCAUCUCUUUCCAGGAAAGGAGUUCGGACCCGACAUGAGCGUACAAUAUCGAAAGCAUUUUACACAUUAAAGUAGAAUACCAUUUUUUAUGUUACAACAUGUAUUUAAUAGAAUAGGUGCACGAAACACACCAAGAAUUCGUCGCUUUGAUAAAUAUCUCUUGAAGGUCAAUAUUCAAUAUAAAAAUUCAGUUCUGCUGAAGACACACGGAAAUCAUCAUGACAUAUUAAUUUCUUCGUAAAGAUAUAGUCUCGGAAUUUGUGUUCACAAAUUUCUCCUAUCAGCUACGACUUGUGACAUGCGAUUAGCUAAUUUACUUUAAUGUGUGCAUGCGUGAGAAACAAAUUUUGACAUUCUCUAUUUCUCACAUUAUAAACCUAUCAGGAGUCUUAAUUACGCCUCGUUGUUGUCGAAUCGAAUUCAGUGUAUAUAUAUGUGUAGGAAUUUGACCCCUUUUAAUUUUAAAUGCCGCUAAAUGCGUUUACUCUAAUUAAAGAUAAACUAAGAGGAUGUAUAAUCUAAUGCGUUUAGCGUAAUGUCGUUUGCGUCGCCAUCAUUUUAUGUUUUAAGACAAACUGCGGAACCGAAGCUCGACAAAAAAAAUGACAAUUUGAGAAGAAUGUGAUUGCUGAUGACAGUUGAAGGAUGCUACGUUGUCUUUUUGUAGACUAGACCGGCGCAAUUUGACAGCGAAUGCUUAAUUAUACGCUAUGUAUAUAUAAAAACUAAAAUCCUUCUUUAACACAUUGCCCGCUGUAUUAUACGCGUCGUUUAUAUGUGAAUGACACUCUUUGUUCCUGUCAUUUAAAUACGAAUAACAUCAAAUUUUCGUAACCAACGUGCAAUGAAGUUCUACGACAAGAAAGUGAGUUAUAAAAAAGAAUCAGAUUUAGUUCUAAAAAGUUUCCUCGAAUAUAUUCAUAUAUUAUAAGUCAUUCAUAUAAGUGACGUGGUCAAUGUGUUAAUUGAUAACGUUUACAUGCGCGAUCCUUAUUGAGUUAAACUACAGUCGAAUGCGCUUUUAAUAUGAAUUCACCAAGAUCAAACGAAUUUGUUUUUACACUUUUCCUUCUAUUUCUAAUUGGAGUUUAGUAACAUAUGUAUAUUGAAAAUGUGUUCUUUCCUACUUGCUUUCUGAAUCUAAUAUAAUCAUUCAAUCACAUAGCAAAUAAAUACGUAUGAUUAGUGGGAAAGUUACAUGGCAAAGAAAAUUCUGUUUAAAAAACAUUUAGCUAGUUUAUGGUGGGAGUUGAUUAUAUUCGACUGUAAUCAUAUUAUGACUGGGCACUUCUAGACAAUGUUCAAUAUCUGCAAAAUUACCUUGAAAAGUACAUGCUUGUUGAAAGAAAACCAUCGUACUGUUAAUGCAUAAUUUGGCAGCAAAAACAAAUUACUUUAUUGCUGAAUUGACUUAAAUGUACAUACUAAAUGUACAUAUAACUAGUUCCUCUUUAACCGAUAAUCGCUAAGCACGAUUUGAAUUGAAAACAAACUGAAACAAUGUGUAAUCAAAUGUCUAGUAAUUUAUUAAUGCAUCGCAAAUUGAAAAACACAUUGAUUGGAAAAAGAUUAUCGUGCUGUCGACAUAAUUUAGCAUAUACACACACAUAUAUAUAUAUAGGAAUCGUUCCUUCUUUAACAACUGAUAAUUGCUAAACGCGUCUCUAGUUGAACGAAAAUUCAAGAUAAAUAUGUAAUUUAGCAUCUAAUAUCAAUUUAUCGAAUGCGAUGGCUGAAUCAAAACCGGUAUAAUUUUACAUUUGAACUUAAAAUUCAACAAUCAUUACCCCAGUGAUAAAUGAUUCGUCGAUCGAUGUCGAAUCGACAUCUACACCUUCGAAUUGAUGUCGAAUCAAUGUCGAUUUGACGCCGUUUUGACAUCGUUCGAUGAGUCAUUUCUCGUUGGGUACAUUUGUAUAUGUGAAUAAAUAGAAUAAUACUUUGUUUCUUAAUAUCAUUUCUGUUGGAAAAUUAUACUCUACAGAAUUAUAUCGGUUUCAAAUUAUAUACGGAUUGGUUUGGAAGAAGGCAAAAGUAGAAAUAAACUGUUCUCUGUCACAUUUUCGAUUCGUAAUAUGAGUUUCAGUAAGGCGUACUCGUAUUUCCUCGAGAUUUCAGUCAAUCUGCAGAUAUCGCAUACUAUAGAAUGAUAUAACAAUGAAUAUGGAUACCGAGCGAUAAUAUCAAUAAUUAAUGUCUGCAUUUCAUCUCGAUUAAUGUCAUCUUGUAGACAAAUAAUCAUGGAAAGGAUACUCUUUAUUUUGUGUUCAGAUUUCGAACGGAAUUCUUCCGUUCUUACUGAUAAAUGCUGAAAGAUACUUGAAAUAUAAGAAUAUUCUUCAAUGUCGCCAGCAGCAAUUAACAACGUCGGUGUUUUCUUGACCAUAU